AUGGGUGUGCAAGUGAUUUCCUCCUACGACCAGUUCAAGCAGGUGACCGGCGGUGACAAGGUCGUUGUGAUCGACUUUUGGGCUACAUGGUGUGGUCCCUGCAAGAUGAUCGGCCCGAUCUUUGAGAAGAUCUCCGAGACGCCUGCUGGCGAGAAGAUCGGCUUCUACAAGGUCGAUGUCGAUGAGCAGAGCCAGAUCUCGUCGGAGGUCGGUAUCCGUGCUAUGCCCAGCUUUGUCUUUUUCAAGAACGGCGAAAAGGUCGAGACGGUCGUUGGCGCUGACCCAUCGAAGCUCCAGGUAUGUAUACAAAGCACGCGAGCGUGGUUGUGGGAAGAGACAGCGCCGCACCGGCACGGACAGGACUGA